CGUGGGGUCGGCGUCUGCGCGGGAUGCUGCGUGGUCUUGUAUGAUGACGGCGCACUAGAGCUGCGGAACGCAGUGCGGGUUGCGAGAGGGUAUGCGAGGCGGCCUAGAUCGUGGAGUGGUGCGCGAUGAACGAGAGUGUUGGGACUCUAGCUCUUGCUUUUACCGGAACUGGAAUUCCCCAAGCUGGUAUUCUGUAUAUCGGUCUAUUCGAAGCGUCUAGAUGGCUACAUCUGGACUCCUCCAGUGCUUGCGGCUGCUCAGUAAUGAACUCUAUCGGCCCGUUUCUCGUCUACAACAUACUCUGCUCCCUCAAGUCCAUUUUUACUUACUUCUUCAGUAGCUAUGAUCUCAUUCGCCAUGUCAUCGUGAGGUUGUGGCGGUAGCUGGAGCGUCGCUACGUGCUGCGCUGUAGGACCUAUCGAGUG